AUUGGACUCCUUCGUUCGGAAAAGCUUCGGAAAGCGUGGAUAAUGUGAUAGCGCGCGCGCGCGGGGAGCGGGUAGCGGGACGGCACAGAUCGAUUAUUCGCCGCCGAGCGCUCGGCCCGCGAGGACGAGCGUUAAUUUUAGAAUUUCCCCCCGAAACGAUCGCAACGCCGGGAGAUGAGUGCUCCAAAAUCCUUACUUGUUUGUGAUAAAUGUGUGUCGUGAAGUGCAGUGUGACAUAGCGGCGGGAUGGGGAACUCCUGCAGCUCCGGGCAGGCGCAUAAGGACAAGGACAGCCAGUCCCAGCAUUCUGAAGAGUACAAGUUGAAAUCAUCAACCGGGAAUGAAAGGUCACCGUCCUACCGCGCGCGAGCGAAAGAGAGGGAAGACCGACCCGCGCCGACGCAGUUACUCGAGCCUGCGCCCGCGCACCGACCGCAGCUGAAGGGACCACGCCCGGUCGGCUCUAGUGUGUCGGACUCCAUCUCCCUAUCGUCUCCAGUGACUUGCGCGUCCCCCCGCGAUGCCGAAGGCCCCCCCAUGCCGAGCGGCGUGGCCUCGCUGCCUGAGGACCACAGGGCACAGCUACUGGGCAGGCCACAGCAGAGAACGAGGCGGAAGAAGGCGAUGCUCAUAUAUGUCUGUGCGGCGGAUUCACAAGACUGCUGCGCGGAAAAAGGCGCGCUGCAAUGCGGCGCAGCAGCCCGCUUACGCGUGCGCGCGCGCCGCCGCGGCUGGAGGAUCCACGUGGCGGACCUGCACUGGCGGUCACCAUUAGAACAACAGAGGGACCAUCGCUUCCCCGUGCUGUGUAUAGCUGAACUUGCACGUCAGUCAGAGCUCGGAGCAGUAGUCCCAGUGUUGUUCCUCAACUCUGGUCUGGGCACGCCGCUCCUGCCUCACACGCUGGAGUGCGCCGACUUCAAGGCGGCGUUGGACGCUGCUCAAGACGAGACCGACAAGACGCUGCUCAACAAAUGGUACAAACAUACCUACUGCACUAGUGUUGUUCGACUUUGGUCUGGGCACGCCGCUCCGGCCUCACACGCUGGAGUGCGCCGACUUCAAGGCGGCGUUGGACGCCUGUUGUUCGACUCUGGUCUGGGCACGCCGCUCCUGCCUCACACGCUGGGCGCCGACUUCAAGGCGAGGUACAGCCUAGACGAGAGCAGGACGCCGCCAUGCUACCGUCUCGUUCGCGGCGCGCCGGCGCGCUGGCGUCGCGAGAUGGCGAAGGCACUUAACGUAUUGGUCCGAACUCUGCCUCAGGAGGCGUGCGACGCGUACCUCACAACUGUAGUAGAACAGGAAGUCCAGCACACGGUCCUGAUGAGCGUGGAGGCGGCGCGGCGCUGCGUGUGGGUGUGCCGCGCCGGCGCCGCCGCCGCCGCGGAGCCCGACGCGCCCGACGCCGCGCACCACCAGGAGCUGACGCGCCGACUGCACAAUCUACAGAAAGAUUUAAAGCUUCAUCUAAGCGAGCGCAACAUUAUACGGGCCUCGGUCCGCGGGCGCUCCGCCCCCGGCGGCGAGGACGAGUACACUGAAGGGGUGCGGUCCGCGCUCGGCGAGCGGCUCGACGCGCUGCUCGACACGCUGAUCGGAGAGAGCGAGGCGCCUGCCGGCUGUAAUGGAAUACCCACCAGCUUGUUCGACGAGCUGAAUGAACACCUCACAUUCUGCCAAAAGUCUGCUCAGAGCACCUCCAACCGAGAGAUCACCCUUAAUGAACUUAAGACAUACGUGACCGGCGACAGUCAAGUCCCACUGGCACUGAUAGGGGGCGCUGGCUGCGGCAAAGCUACUUUAGUGGCACGAGCGGCAACAUUGGCACCCGCUUGGCAAGAGGAUCUCGCUGUUAUUAUCAGAUUCGUGGGCCUCACCCCGCAGUCGAGUAGCUCGCACCAGCUGCUCAAAUCCAUCGUGGACCAGUGUCACGUGCUGCACGCUGGGACCCCAUAUCGAGGCAGGAAUGACGUGGCAUCGCUGUCAGCGGCGUUACCCAAACUCCUCGGCGCAUUAGGGCGCGCCCGGCCGGCGUUACUGCUGGUGGUCGGGGCAGACGCGCUGCGCGGCGCGCGCUGGCUGCCCUCACGGUUGCCAGGCAACGUUAAGAUGAUUGUUACAGUCACCGAAGAGACCGACGAGCCCUCAAGCUCAGCAAUAAUGGCGGUGUUAUCCUCCGAAGACGGGCCUAAGGUGGUGCGCGCGCCGCCGGUCGGCGCCGACGAGGCGCGCGCCGUGCUGGCGGCGUGCGCGGCCGCCUACAGCAAGACGGGUGCGGCUUCACCGCCCGACGCGGCGGUGAAGGCUGUGCAGAAGUGCACCAUACCGCUUUACGCUAAGGUGGUCCGCGCGCCGCCGGUCGGCGCCGACGAGGCGCGCGCCGUGCUGGCGGCGUGCGCGGCCGCCUACAGCAAGACUGGUGCGGCUUCACCGCCCGACGCGGCGGUGAAGGCUGUCCAGAAGUGCACCAUACCGCUUUACGCUAAGGUACAUAUUCCAUUAUGGUGGUCCGCGCGCCGCCGGUCGGCGCCGACGAGGCGCGCGUCGCGCUGGCGGCGUACAUAUUCCAUUAUGGUGGUCCGCGCGCCGCUGGUCGGCGCCGACGAGGCGCGCGUCGCGCUGGCGGCGUGCGCGGCCGCCUACAGCAAGACUGGUGCGGCUUCACCGCCAGAUGCGGCGGUGAAGGCUGUGCAGAAGUGCACCAUACCGCUUUACGCUAAGAUCCUCGCCUGGCAAAUUUCCCUCUCAGCCGAGACCUUUACAGAGCAGUCCGAGCCAGAAACAGCACCAGAACUGGUCAUCUGCGAGGACCUGGAAGGUCAACUGACGCAGAUCCUCAUCACCACGGAGGCGGCGCUGGGCGCGGAGCGGGUUAAGACGUGUCUGGCGCUGCUGACGGCCGCGAGGAGGGGGUUGGAUGAUACGGAGAUAUUGGACAUGCUGGCUCAUGAUGAGUUGUUUAGGAGCGAAGAGACAUACUUGCCCUGGGCGCCCGCGUCCCUAUUCUGGCCGCAGCUGGCGGCGCUGCUGUCGCCGUGGCUGCGCUGGGACGCGCGCGGCGCGGCGCGGUGGCGCGACGCCGCGCUCGCCGGCGCGGCGCGCGACCGCUACCUGCAGGACUGCGAGGACCAAGUACGGAAAACUUUGGUGGACUAUUACGAGGGUGUCUGGUUCACGGAGAACGACCCGAAGAUGGCAGGCCGGCUUAUAUCGCAAGAAAACAAGUUCUCAGAGGAAUGCUACAACACUCGGAAACUGGACGAGCUACCGUUCCAACACUACCACUUAUCCAAAAACAACCCAGAAUCAUUCGCCACGAGACCAUAUUUCACGGAACUCAGCUGGGUUCACGACAAGCUAGCGGCUACCGACUGCGGGCAUUUUCUGGAAGACAUCGCUUUAGUGCACUUAGACCCCCUGCCUGAACAUAUUGAGAUACUUAAAGAGGUUUUCGAGCACCAUUCCUACGCACUAGACUACGACCACAGACAAUUCUACGGCCUCCUCCGAACCACCAUGGAGAAACGCCAACGGGAAGGCGUCGAGAUCAAAUCCAAAAUAGCCCACUCAUGGGUCGAAGAAAUCUGGGAACCGCCUAUACCUACCUUCUUUCCUGCGAAUGAGGAGUUCUGGAAGAUCGUUGAAACGAAGGAGAAGAGAGAUUUGACGAUGGUGGCUGGGUUUGAUAGUAAGACGUACGAUCUGAUUGUGAGGUUCGACACGAGAGGGAAGUUUGUGGCGACGGUUUCGACGGAACGGGAGGAGAUUUGCGUUUGGGAUGUCGUGCAAUGCAAAUUAGUAAGAAAGAUCACCGGAGUCACCCAGCCUAUCAACUUGGUACCCAUCGACGAGUACCGUUGUGUGGUGCUGUGUAAACGAGAACUGAAGGUGUAUGACCUCAAUCAGGGUAAAUUCGUGGUAUCCCUAAAAGGCGUGAUGAACCAGAAGAUGCCUUACUACGGCCUCCACGACUCCAAGCACCUGGUCGCCCUAUCACGCAACAGGAUGUACGUGAACCUGAUGAAUAUCGAGACUGGGGACUGCGUCACCACUUUCAAAGCCGGCGAGGACAGGUUCCUGAAUUCGCUGCUUGUUUCCGGCGAUGGAAGGAUGCUGGUAUGCGGAGACGAGACGCAAAAGCCGUUCCCACUCCUAGUAUGGUCACUGACGUCACGGAAACUCCUCUACGACUUACGUAUACCGCACCAUGACUUCGUCACCUCGAAGGCAGCUAUCACGUAUGAGGGUUCAUACGUGUGCGUGGUCUCCCGUGAACUAGACGAGCCGAGCCCCAACUUCAUCGUGGUGUACGACCUCCAGUCAGGCACACUCUUCAAGAAGUGGAAGCCUGGAUGUGACACGGUAGCUCUGGCUAUCAGCUCGGCUGACGGCUGCGUGGUGUCGGGGUUGGCUGAUACUAGGAUACUGGUGUGGGAUCUAGUCACAGGGAACUGCCGCCUGACGCUACGCGGACACGGCGCGGCUCCGGCCCGUCUCCGGCUGGCCCGGGCCGGCGGCGUGCUGCUGUCGGCGGACGACGCGUGCCGCGACCUGUCUGUGCGUCUCUGGGACUUGCAUACAGGAAAGCUAAUAGCAGUGUACACACCGCCCGAACGUAUCACCUCCUGCGAGGUGCUAUUAGGAGGCUCCGUACUGGCGCUGGCGCUAGAAAACUACAAGGAGAUCCUCUGUGUCAAGCUCUGCGGGCCUCCCGUGGAUUCAGUCAAUCAGGGCCGCGAGGCAGAGUACGACGACCGGCCGUACGGCGAUCCGGCGCUCGAGGGUCGGACGUUCGACGUCCGCGGCGCGGAGAGCUGCUGAUAUGGCCGUGUCCGUAUC